AUGGGCAACUGGACGACAUUUCGCCCAGUCACGGCCUACUACCAGAUGCCACCGCUCUACCUGUACGACGACUACGAUCGCUGCCUGGAGCAGUUCCCCGACGGUGCCACCUACUGCCUGGUGGACAGCUGGAUCGCGCCGAACGAAACCGUUGCAAUCUGGCCGGUGAUUCGGCAGUUUUCCGCCGACGACAAGCGCAGCUUCCGGCACGAUCGGUUGCAGCGUGGACUGUGCAUGAACCGGUGCCAUCAGCUGCUGGACAAGUUCGAUCGUCGAACGCAGAUGAAAUACUUUCUUUCACGCUUCGAGCCAAACGACUCGCAGAAGAUCACGUUCGAUCCGAACACGUUCGAUGGCGCGCUCGAUUGGCGCAACCGUUACCGGCGCUUAGCGAAUCAAUGUGUCAAUUACGAGCUGAAACGCCAAUACGCCCUGAUGGCCUACUCGACGGUGGAAUACUGUAGCACCAACCGGCCUGCGCGGCACACGGAACAGAACCCAGCGACAACCGCAGCCUCCCUGGCGACGUUAGAUGCUCCCGACAUCGUGUUCUUGGCAGUGCUGGGCGUGCUUCUCGUCCUGUCGCUGGCCUCGACCGUGUACGAUUGUAGGCGCUAUCGAAGCACAAGAACCUCAUCGCCGGCUCGCAACGGUAACGCCACGGACAAUAAUGGAAUGAUGGAUUACUAUCGCUCCGGAUUCGGACGACCCGGUGCGGGUGGGCUAUCCUGUUUGCUGGUGGCAUUCUCCCUUCCCCGGAACUGGCAUUUGCUGACGGAAAGCGCACAAAAAAGGAAAACCAAAGGUUCAAAGGACUUGAGAUUCAUACAAUCGGUGCGCUUUCUCGUCAUGUACCUGGUGAUAGCAGGGCACUCGAUGCUGUUCAAUUGCAUUUUUCCCCUGCUUAAUCCGCAGUAUGUUGAACUGAACUAUCGUCGGAUCGUAACGAUGCUGAUUUUCAACGGUAUCACGGUGGUCCAAACUUACUUUACCAUAAGCGGUUUCCUCCUUGCGGUGCAUUUCGUAGACUUUGCAGAGCGACAGCGUACGUUUGGCUGGCGAGAUUUUCUCCAGAGUGUUGCCUAUCGGUUUCUAAGGUUGACUCCUGCGUACGCGUUCAUGUUGCUUCUCGAUGCGACCUGGCUGAUUCGGCUGCAGGAUGGACCGGUCUGGAGGCGGGUGGCCGAAACGGAGCGUACCUUCUGUCGGUCGAACUGGUGGGCGAACGUGCUUUACGUAAACAACUAUCUCACCGUAUCGGAACCAUGUCUCCAGCAAACCUGGUACUUGGCGACGGACUUUCAACUUUUCAUUAUUGGUUUAACUCUUCUUGGACUCACGUGGCGCUUUCCUCGGCUCCUUAAGCCACUGUUUGCGUUGGCCAUCAUGUUGGGCAUGCUUAUUCCUGCCUUCGUUACGUACAUCAAUCGCUUCGAAGGAGUCGUUAUGUUACGGCCGGAGGCCCUCAAGUACGUGCUUUGGUACGAUCCGAUGUACCACAAGAUGUACAUUCCGACGCACACCAACAUCGGCAGCUAUUUGGCGGGUCUGAUCGCUGGUUUGGUGUAUCAUAAAUUGAAACGAGCGAACUUUGAAGCGGCACAUCAUAAAACGUUUCGCAUCCUUUGGUACGCUUCCCUACCGGUGGCAAUCGGUUUGCUCGUGUCGGCUUACAUAUUUUAUGCGUACGACUUCGAGAAGCCGGCCAUCUGGAUUGCCCUUUAUGCAUCCCUUUCGAAGAAUCUCUGGGGGGCGUUGUUCGGUGUCCUGUUCGUGGGUCUCGCGUUUGGCAUUGGCGGAUUCAUACGUGGCGUGCUCAAUAAUCCCAUCUUUCGACCGCUGGGCAAGGUGACGUACUGCGUGUUCCUGUGUCAUUUGUUCGUGAUUCGUGUCACGUUGGGAAACGUUCGGCAGCCCAUCUAUGUGAGCGAUAUGAGAAUCCUGGUUUCGACCUCAUCCACCCUCAUCCUGGCGUACAUUAUGGGCAGCCUGAUGUGUCUGCUGAUCGAAAUGCCAUUUUCCAACGUACAGAAGAUUCUAUUCGCCAACAAACAAGAGAAUGUCUAUCGAGAAGAAAUACAACUAGUGCAACGUGAACACCCAACUGCAAUACAGAGUGGUUUAAUAAAACCAGCUACGAGAGAGGAAACGUAA